AAAUAUGCAGAGGAGAAGCAGUGGAACAAUGAAGUUAUCAUGGAUUGGCUGGGAAAGCUCAAAGAUGUAGCUUGUGAUGCGGAUAAUGUUCUGGAUGAGUUUGCAACUGAAGCUCUAAUGCGAAUGGUGGAGAGAGAGAAAGGUGCGACAAGCCAAGUAAGUAGAUUCUUUUCUCUUCCAAACAGACUUAUAUUUCGCAUGAAAAUGGCACAUAAAUUGAAGAAUGUGAGGAAUAGACUGGAUGCCAUUUCUAGGGAGAGAUCUUUUCACUUGGGAGAGGGAGAUAAAAACAUGGAAGCUUUUGAUGUAGAAAAAAGACAAACUGGCUCACUUGUGAAUGAAAGUAAGAUUUAUGGAAGAGAUGAGGAAAAAGAAAAGAUCAUUGGAGUGUUGCUCACUAAUGUGUCUGAUGAUCAAGAUAAUCUGGCCAUUUAUGCUAUAUGGGGUAUGGGGGGCUUGGGUAAAACAACACUUGCACAAUUAGUCUACAAUGAUGCAAGGGUGAAGAGCCAUUUUGAAUUGGGAAUUUGGGUGUGUGUAUCAGAUGAUUUCCUGAUAAGAAGGUUGGUGAGGGCAAUCAUAGAAUCCAUUGAUGGUAGUGGAUGCGAUCUAUUAGAGUUAGAUCCACUACAGCAAAAGUUGCAAGAAAAAUUACGUGGGAGAAAAUUCUUGCUUGUCUUGGGCGAUGUCUGGAAUGAGAAUCAAGUGGAAUGGGACCGCCUAAAACAUACGUUGAUGUGUGGAGAGAAAGGUAGUAUGCUUAUAGUGACAACUCGGAUUGAAAAAAUUGCACUGAUGAUGGCCAGAGUACUUCCUAUACACCACAUUGGAUGCUUGUCAGAGGAUGAUUCUUGGUCCUUAUUUAAAGGACGUGCAUUUGGGUUGGAAAGGGCCGAAGAAAGAUCAGAAUUGGAAUCAAUUGGCAAGGAAAUAGUGAAGAAGUGUGGAGGCGUACCUCUAGCAAUAAAAGCUCUUGGAAGCCUUGUGUACCCAAAAAGAAGCAAACUUGAAUGGUUAUUUGUGAAAGAAAGUCAGAUUUGGAAUUUACCGAAAAGUGAGAAUUCCAUCCUGCCUGCCCUCAUGUUGAGCUAUCACCAUCUAUCCCCACAUCUAAGGCAAUGUUUUGCUUAUUGCUGUGUAUUUCCCAAAGAUCGUGAGCUUGAGAUGGAUGAUUUGAUACAACUGUGGAUGGCUAAUGGUUUUAUCCCCUCCAAAGGACCAUCGGAGUUGUAUGAUUUUGGUGUUGAUAUCUUCAAUGAAUUAGUACGGAGGUCUUUCUUUCAAGAUGUCAAGGAGGGGUAUCCCGGCUAUAUAACGUGUAAAAUGCAUGACCUUAUGCAUGACCUUGCUCAAUCUAUUAUGAGGCAUGAAUGCGUUGCAUUGGAAUCCGGUAAAGAUGUGAGAGUUGAAGGCAGGAUUUUUCAUAUGUAUUUUGGCAUGAUCUCAUCACAAGACAAUUAUUUGAAUGAGGACCUACAUAAAGUUCGAUCUCUACGCUCAUGCAUUGAUGCAUUUGAUUGUACAGCUUCUCUGCCAUUCUUCGUGAAACAAAAGUAUCUUCGGGUAUUGGGUUUUAGAUUUUUCGUCCAGGAAGUACCAAGAUCAAUCAACAAUUUAAAACAUUUAAGGUAUCUUAACAUGUCUGGGUCUAUGAUCAAAGUUUUACCUGAAUCAACAACCUGCCUCUUGAACUUGCAAACGUUGAAACUAGAUUAUUGUUACUCUCUUUGUAAGUUACCCAAAGGAAUGAAGCACAUGAAAAACCUUAUGUAUCUUGGGAUCACUGAAUGUAUUUCUCUUACUCGUAUGCCUGAAGGAAUAGGACAAUUAACUUCCCUCCAAUCAUUGAGCUUCUUCAUUGUUGGCAAGGAAAAAGGUUAUCAAGUAAGUGAGUUGAAAGGGCUAAACCUUGCGUAA